CAGCCUUUAGAGUACAACAGCUAGAAGUAUAUUGCACUACGAUGAGUUCGUCGUCUACCAUGAGUGGUUAACAAUGAUCAUAUGAUUUUAUGAAACGUGAUGUUUCUAAUGGUCACUUUGAAUCGUCGAAUAAGAAACAAACAAACAAACACUUAAAAAAUUUAUAUAAACAAGACGAGGUCUAACAACAAUUAUUACCGUUGUGAACAAGAAGAUGAGGCAUAACUUUGCAACUGGCCAGUUUAUACUGCUCUAUUCCAUCAUCGUAUUAAUUUAUAAAUUCAUCGACUGCCAUGACAUUUGCACAAAACCUGAAUUGAGGAAAUAUGAAAAAGUAAUUUUUCAAAGUAAUGCAUAUAAUUAUUCUCAUCACUAUUAUUAUUCCCGGAUGAUCCGCUCUGAUCAGUCUCCUCCAAUUGUUAGCGGCACGUUUGAAAGAUUGGUUGAUAAUAAAGAUAUCUAUCCGAAGUUCUCGUUUACGUUUUACGGCUCCAAAGUCAUCAACUUCAGAAUAUUAACUACUGGUAGAAUUGAAAUGUACGAUGAAAAUUACUUAGGAGUAGUUAGAAAUUAUGUGAGAAGCGGUUAUUAUGUGAAAACUGAUAUUUCGAAUGAGCGGGAAUUAUUGGCCGUCAGAAUGUCUUAUUAUCCAGUUGCUGGUGGUAAAAUUCCGACAUUCACUAUAACUACUCUGAUACAUCCGAAUGGGAAGAUAUCAAUCUAUUAUGCGAACAUUCCUACGGUAGCUAGAAUAACCGAAAAGCCAUCGGGAAUUUAUGGAUGGUUACAUUGCGGAGAAACAGAUAAGAAAGUAACUGAAAUAUAUGUUCCUAAAACAUGGAUUCGAAGUGGAACGUUAGUGGUGUAUGAAGCUCUCGGGGAUUGUCCGAAAUACGAUUCGACUGAAGCAUGUCGUGGCUCAAAAGCACCGAAAACAAGGUGUAUAUGGUGUGAAACAGCCAAUAUGUGCAUUACCAGAAGUGAUAAGGAUAUUUAUAAAUUGAAAGUAAAUGGUUGCAAGAAUAAAUACAUCGAUACAGAUAAAACAACAUCUGAAGACACUGAGGAUGGAAUACCACUGGAAUACUUUUACCCCAAUUACCAAAUCUUACGUCGUUCCGCAUUGUUUUUAUGGUCUUUGGUAUUCGGCUAUAAUGCUGCAUAAGGAAGCGAGCAUAUCAAUAUUUCUCACAGACAGUUUGUCACUUGUUUUCAUCAAGUUGACUUUUUUAUUUUUAUUUUUUAGUUUAGUAAACACACUUUCAAUUUUUUUAAUCAUUUCAAUAAACUAAAGAUUGUUUUAAUGGAACUGCAUAUCACAUUGUUGAUUGUUUACGUCAUGACUGAUGUCACUUUUUUGUUAG